GGGCGCUUCCGGGCUGCCGAUGAGCCGCUGAGCCAACGGGCAGACCGGGGGAGGCGGGGGGGGGGGCAGGGAGGAGGAGUAACCGGACACCCAAGCACGGAGCGGCUGCUGGCCGGUCAGAGUGCGGCGGAGCCCGGCAGCAGCCACAGCAGCGGGUCGCUCAGCGCAGUGAGACCGAGCAACAGAGCCGAGGAGCGGCGGAGCUGAGGCGGAGGCUCCGGUCUCCCCUGCAGGAGUUUGACUGCUUUAACGGCGCUCCGAGUCUCCAUCGAGCGGAUAACGGAGUUCCCGUGAAAGUGGGAGAAGUGUCGCGAUCAGCCGCCGGACACCGGCAGCAUGAAGAAGAGCAGCUCCGGGAAACGGGGCGCGUCCGAGUCGGCGCCGCAGAACGCGCCGCCUGAUAAAGUGGGCUGGAUCAGGAAGUUCUGCGGCAAAGGGAUCUUCAGAGAGAUCUGGAAGAACCGCUUUGUGAUUCUGAGAGGAGACCAGCUGUUCAUCUGUGAGAAGGAGGUGAAGGAGCUGGGUCGAGCUGACGAGGUGUUGGACCUGUCGGACUACGAGCGCUGCGAGGAACUCAGGAAGAACAAGAGCCGCAGCAAGAAGAACCACAGCAAGUUCAGACUGCAGCGCUGCAGCUCGCCAGGAAACACGGUUCCCAACCUCGUCUUCCUCGCCGUCAGCCCAGAGGAGAAAGAAUCCUGGAUCAGCGCCCUGAAUGGCGCCAUCACCAGAGCCAAGAACAGCGUUCUGGACGAGGUGAUGGUCGAGGACUCGCAGCUGUCUCAUCUGACUCGCGAUCGAGUGAAGAUCCCUCACAACCGCCGACUGCCAACCAGAGGCCACCUGCUGGCUGUGGCCUCCACCUCCUCCUCGGAUGGGAUGCUGACUCUGGACCUGAUCCAGGAAGAGGAUGCUGCAAACGCUCAAGGAGCCGGCUUGGAAAAUUCCAGGUCCAAAACAGACGGCGCGCUCUCAGCUCGGACUGCCGAGGCUGCUGGGAAAUCUCACAGCCUUCCCCGUGAGGUGACGGUGGUCUCGGAGCAGACCCCCCAGCCAGAAAAACGCCUCACGACGGCAGAGAAAAACCGCUGCGCCUCCAUGGAUGAGAUCCUGAGCCACCCUGAGACUAGAGCCGAUAAGAGUAAAACGGCGGCAGGGAGUCGUUCGUCUGCCUCCGCACCGACCGCUGCGAUGGCGCCCGUCAGUCGGCUGCAGGAGCUCAUCAGCCAGAAGUUGGAGAAGACGGAAAGGCUGCUGAAGGAAGUGCGGGGCGACAGCGAGGGUGAGCGGGGAAUGGCGAGGUGGGGGAAGGAGUCGACCGAGGCAGAAAGACUCCUGAAGGAGGCGAAGGCGGCCUGGAGUCAGGCGCAGGAGGUGUUGGAGGAGGUGAAGGAGCUCAGGGCGUUGUACCAACAACUGGACUCCACCUCCCCUCUCACCUCUUCUAAAAGUUCCAGACUAAACCCGGACCGCAAGAGCCUGAUGUGAGCCGGCCGGCACGGCGCGGGCGAACGGUCGUGUCCGAUGGACGAAUCACUUUGAAACUCUUUAAAUUCAGGUUGUAGCUGCUUCCAGGACUUGAUGCCUGAGGCAUCGAUCCCUCAGAGACUAACCUACAGGUCAAACCUCCAAAACCUAACAGGAAGUGUUCCUCAAAAGGUUCCUGAUUCUGGUUGGUCGGCUCGCUGCCUUUGAUUAACCCGAGUAGUUUUUCAGUUUAGGUUCCUUUAAAGGAAACUUAGCUGACGUCAGUGUCAGAGAGACGAAAUGUGCCAAGACGAGAGUUUGAGACGUGCAAACUGUGGACCCCGAUCUCAUCCUGGCCUUACCUGUGGAUCCUUUAUGCUUCCUGUGCUUCAGUUUGAGGCUUGAACUGAAGAGUAAUCAGUCGACGGUGUGAAUGCAGGUGUUUGCUCAGAGUUGGAGGACGACUCUGAAAGUGACGAACUGCUGAUGAUUGAUUUCCCCACAGAAGACGCUCAGCGUCACGGACCAGCUUUUUCUGGAGCUCUGGACUUCCAUCAGAACCAGUUAAUGCGACUGGUUUUGUUCUGACUGCAGAGGAGGUCGGAGCGAUGUUUGUGCAGCUGUUAUUAAGGAAUUUAAAGUUGGUACAUGAAGUUUUGUUUUUGGCGUCCGCUCCGCCGUCAAACAACAGACCAGAACCAGGUUCAGCUACUUUCACACGUGGUUAGAAAAGUUCACACAAGAAUCAUCUGACCGGUCAUCGUCUCAGCCGCCGUCACGGCGAGGAUGAACCGAUCUACGCUGCAGCUUUUGCUUCGUCCUGCUCGGACUCUUCUUCCCUGAAUGUGGCGCCUUCAGUUGUAGCUGGAAACUCAGGUGUAAAAGUUCAUCAGGAGCUGGACCAACUGUCCAAUCAGAGCUCCUGAGGUCUGCACUAUGAAGCAGGUUCAACAUCCAGGGUGUCUUUAACAGCCAUAGCAUGACCUCGAAUCAUGCGUGUCCAUGGAAACAACCCGUCACACUCAGUUUCUUCGCGGUGCACACCUAUGAGCGCGCUCAGACGGUUUUUCGAUUCCACAAUAACAAUCAGCGAGUUUCCUCUAAGUUUAUUUUUCUAUCAGAUUGUAUUGAGCUGAAGAUGAUCGAGGCUCAGUGGGAGCAAUAAAUAACAAACAGGUAGUUUCACAUCCGUCAGAGGCGGGUGUGAGAACCGGUUGAUUGUGAUUGAUUUCAUUGAUCUGUAUCUGUCCUUGCACGUGCUGUAUCUGUUUCCUCUUCCUGUGUUUUGAUCAAUUUAUACUCGCACUUCUCCUCGCCAGCUGCUGUAGCCUUAAACCCAGAGGGGAUGAUGGGAGAUGUAGUCCUGAAGGGAUGUGAAGCAGGUGGUGAUGCUGUGAGUCCUGAUCAGUUCAUGUGCUAAAAUAAAACCUACAAACUCAACCUGGA